AUGUCGACCUCGAGAGAAGGAGUCAACCCCUUGAGGCCGUAUUAUAUACCGCCGACCAUUGGGGAACGUUCCGAAGUCAUCUCCUCACCAGGUCCAAAUCCAUUCGGCACUAGCAAUGCGACUAAAAGCCUGAACUAUGCGUCAAAGGCCCGCGAUGUGUUGACGGACAUCGAUUACAAUGACUAUCUCGGCGACACUUCGCCUACGGUGGUGCAGAAUGUGAAGGACUUUAUCGACGAGUUGAUAUGGAAAUACUCGUCGAUCCUCAUGGCGCAACCUUUCGAGGUCGCCAAAAUAAUUCUGCAGGUCAGAGACCAGGAUGAGAAGGCAGCCCUCACCUCACCGACAGGGACCGAUAUGCUGAAAAAGAAGACGUCUUCGCAUGGAGGAUCUAUUUACGAUAUGGGGGAAUCUGAUUCCGAAGGUGACGAACAAUCAUUCUUCACAUCCAACAUGCCUGAAACCCCUACACCGCUUCACCCGAAGAACCGGCAACGCAAUAGGUCUGUUUCGCCAGCCAAAAGUCAGACACUGAAGACACAAACUAUUUCCGAGAAUUAUCUGGAUAUUCGCCGUCCAGACUCUCUCAUGGGUGUUUGUUCUGCGCUCUGGCAGAAGGAGGGGAUCUGGGGUGUGUGGAAGGGCACCAAUGCGACCUUCUUAUAUACGGUCCUGCAGUCCGUCCUGGAAAACUGGUCUAGAAGUUUUCUGAGCGCGAUUUUCAACGUACCGGAUUUGGGUGUGAAGGAGGACAUUGACCGCCUUGUGGAUAUUGCAUCACCAUACCCAUGGGCUUCCCUCUUUGUCGCCGCAACGGCAGCUGUAGCAACAGGUGUGCUUCUUGCGCCCCUCGACUUGGUGCGCACAAGACUCGUGAUGACACCGAGUUCCCGUGGACAGCGCCGGACGCUGGCUACACUUCGAGCUCUCCCCUCUUAUUUCUGCAAUUCUCUGGUUCUCCUCCCCACUAUGCUGCAUUCGCUCAUCCACCCUAUUCUUACCCUGUCAACACCCCUUGUAUUGAGAACCCGCUUCAUGAUUGACAGCCAAGCAUCACCAACAACGUUCUCUUUCGUCAAAUUCUGCGCUUCAUCUGCCGCCAUUUUUGUGAAGCUGCCACUCGAGACUUCCUUGCGCAGAGGCCACAUGGCUGUCCUCUCAAGCGGCGAGUACCUGCAAGCUCUCUCCCCCAAGGACCAGAAGCUCGAUACAAUCGUGCCCGUCGGCAAGUAUGACGGCGUGUUUGGCACCAUGUACCAUAUCGCUCGGGAGGAAGGUCAGCGAGAGGUUGUUGCCAAAGCUCCCCCCGCCAGGAGAAACAGGGUAAAAAAUAAGUCUGGAAUUCCUGCAUAUCAAAAGGGCCAGGGAGUUGAAGGGCUUUGGAGAGGAUGGAAAGUGAACUGGUGGGGAUUGGUUGGUCUGUGGACCGCCAGCGUGUUCGGGAAUGGAGGCGACGGUGAGUUUUAA